ACCGACUUUUGCGCAUCUCUGAAUCUGGCGGUCGCAAGUUUAAUCAAGUUUCAGUUUUUAAGUGAAGUUUCAGUUUACAAUUAGUUUUCCCCGAGCGGAUCUCGUAAAAUUGUUUAUGUUGCCCAGUAACAAGUUGGAGAAUCCCAGACCCACACUAAAAACCGGAAUACAAACGGAUCGAUUGGCGUAAUCGGAAACGUCAUACUAACACACGGAACAAAGUCUAAAUUGGAAAUACUAGCAUUGCGUUGCGAAAUUUUGGCCAACUCCACGUAGCCUAAAGAUGCCUAUAGAUACUCGCGAGUUGAUGGAGGCGAUAGCCAUCGUAGCGGACGACCGCAAUGUCCGCGUCGCCGUGAAGCAGUCAGGCAAGGGAGCAGCUGUCUGCGCCGCCUGCUCCUUCGUGGGCGGCAUGCUCCUGGGCCCCGUGGGGCUGGCGGUGGGCGGGACCGCCGGCGGAAUCGCCGCAUACAAGAUGACAAGCGGCAAAUUCCGUCCGCUGGGCGAAGUCAUCCUAAACGACCUGACGGACACACAGCGAGAGCAGCUGGUGCAGCAUGUGUCCAAGGCUGUGGCCGACAUACAUCCCACCGACGUGGUGAUGCUGCUGCCGCUGAUUGUCCAGAACGCCUCCAUUCAGCAGGCUGUUCUUAACACGGUCAUGUCCUUUGUGACCAACGAGCUGCGCAUGCAGAUUGUGGACUGACCUGCUAUGCGGGCAAGUGGGCGAUGGCCAGGUAACUGUAGAAUUUGGACGGCUAUCUCAGUCGAAACUUUUGUGAUCUGUGUAGGUUUAUUAAUAAAUACUUUAUAUGUACAUAAA